AUGAGUGUGAAUGUGCGCAUGUUCUUUAUGUUUUUCGCGACGUUGAUGACGCAUUCAACAUUAUCGCGCGCGGAAGAAACAACUCCUUCUGCUUUUCCGACCAGGAAACUUUUAGGAGGAGGAGGCGUUGCCUCGAACACACCUAACGUGAGUCCGACGUAUAACCAGUUACCUCCGCCGCCGCCGCCGUCGACGCUGAACCAAAAAGUUUUUAAAUUCGCGUGGAAUUACGUCGUCGAUUUAAUCAGCGCACGGGGUGCCGAAACGGCAGCCAUCGAAGAGAUGAAAAUCGAAGAGAAACAUCAAACUUUGCCAAAGACAAAUUCCGAAAGCGAGUUCGCGAAUACGCUGACGAGGAUGGCGAACGCGCUGUCCACGGAGAAAGGAUUGGCGAGGAUUGAACACGGAUUGGAUGAUUUCUCGGAGAUUGAUAGUUCCGUGCACGAUGCGUUGUGUCGCUCGGACGCGUUCGUGAGAGAGUUUAAUCAAAAAACGUUUGACGACAGUUACGUGCAGGCGUUCCCGAUGGACGGCGAGGACAUUCCGAGCGGAUGUUAUCGAGGAUGUAUUCUAGGGAACGACUGGAAAACUACGAUAGCAAAGUUCUACGGCAUACGACGCACUUUGACUUUUAACAGCUGGCGGGGUAAGUGUUUCAAGAAAGUGGUCGAUGAAAUCGACGGGUCGGAGACGACGGCGGUGACCAACCGAAUCAAGCUCAGCUACGGCCCAAUCGUGAACGCCUUACUUGGCUUAAACGAACCAAUCGAGUUGUAUAAAGGCGACGUAGAGUACGACGCGACGUCGAUUUUUGAUGGCAAAGCAGCAAUCGGUAUCAACUAUUCGAAAUUUGGCCACGAGUUUAGCAAGUUUCGAGACGAGAUCCGCGAGGUAUACCCAGGCGUGUAUGUGGGUAAAAUGUGGAUGAUGCCCGGUUUGGACCUUUUUCCGAGAGAAGACGGGACGGAUUCUAUAUUCAAAGUACCGGAAAACGGGACGCCGCAAUUUGCGAUGAACUUUAUGCUGAUGAAAGAGAACGACGACGAGGACGGUACGAAUGCUGGUAGUAGUAGUAGCGUCCCGAAUUAA